AUGUUCAAGUUCGUCAAUCGUUCCAGAUCUGUGAAGGGGGUGACGGCGCACGGCCGCGAGGGCCCCGUCCGGGAUGACCAGCACCUUGUGUCAAGUUUCCAGUCUCCCCGGCACAGAGCCGACUUCAGUCAAAACGAGGAGAGACCCUCGGCACCGAUCCCCUCACCAGCUCCAUCUUGGGAUGCUGGUCGCUCUCACCUCCAACUGCCUUCGCCUCGCCCCUCGCUUUAUCCCCGGUCACCUACGAUGCCUGAUCGGCCAAGCACAAGCUCUGGACCCGGUCCAGCUCCCUCAUUCACCUCCGGCAGCAGCAUCAAGGACUUUGACAGACGAAAGUCAAAGACAACAGACGACCUGCACGUCUUGACACAGACCUCCAGCCGCGGAACGUACAAGUCAUAUCAUAUACCCAUCAGGGGGAAACCUCCAUCACCAAAGGAGAGCAUCCGUGACCCCUCGCCCACGCGGACGAUUCCUGUCAGGACUCAGACGCCGGAUUCGGUCGACAGCAACAAGGGCAUCAUCACUAUUGGCAUGGCAAUAGGCAGUCCGACUCAUCCGCCUGCACCAUCGUAUCCUGACUGGCCGCCAUCAGCGACAGUCGAACCUGCCACAUCUCCCCCGGCAAUGGAAACAGACCCAGCGGCGGCGGCGAUUCCUCAAAGGUCCAAAUCACAAAGAUGGAAAAUCUUUGGACGGUCCAAGAGCAAGAGGCAGAAGCCUGACACGACACCGACUCUGCCAGACCAACCACAGUCCAGUGGACUGGAUCGAAGUAACACCGAGCGCAAGGCGCCUAAGCACACGCCCAUCAUCGUCAGGUCCAUGACUGAGCCUGCUGUAGAGGGACAGGCAAGCUCAAAUAACCCGGCAAUAGAUGCACGAAGCAGGUACGCUGAGAUUCCGGUACCCAAACUGGACAAAGCUACGAGUCCGUUCUUGGACGUUGAAAUUCCAGAUAUCAAGAUGGAGCGGUACAGUGUCAUGUUUGGCAAUCUGCUGCAGAACAACCCCUCAUCCUCCUCCGCGCUUCUUGCGAGGAGACAAGCGACUCUCGACAAGUUGCGAACCAUCAACGAUAGGAUCAUUCAAGAGGAAGAAUCCAAGGGCCGCACGCUCGGUCGUAGAGCCACGUCGCCGAACCAUCACGCACGAUCGCCGUCGCUCUCCCUCUUCCCGCCGCCUCCAUCGGGCAACAGCCUUGCACGCUCCAACACCGACGCACCGACUCCUAGUUCGCCUCGUUUCCGAGCAAGCACCAUGCCCUCCGGUCUACCAGCGCACCCAAAGGAGAACGUCAUAUCUCAUAAGCAGAGCAGCAACACCAGGCCACAACAGCCUCCUCGGUCAACGUCGCUCAGUCAAACAGCGCAGCAUGUCCCUCGCAGGCCCACAGAGAAACGACAGGAUCCCGCCCAGCUCGAGGCUCCAGCUCAUGGGUUCUACUUUGGCCCAAACAGCUCCAGCCUGAUUCUUGAUUCCCCAACAGAAGAGGAGUCCGGCUUUCAUAUCAAGGAACAGCUGCGGCCCGCGAUCCAGGAGCCAGCGUGGGAAAUGAUCACACCCACACCCUUGAGCAUCAAGAAGGCCUCGACGCCCGCACAAGACUCGCGCUCGCCAUCGCCACGGACAACGCACACCAAGACUCCGUCCAACGACUCGAUCGAUGACACGGCACUGAAUGCUGCUGUCGAAAUCUCCAUUGCCCGCCAAAUCAGCAUUUCUCACUCGCAGCGUAAGAUGCUUCGUACUGGGACAGGCAUCGGUGCCGGCCGCAGGCCUCGCCCAGCGGCCCGUGAGCCCCGUGAAGGUAGUUUGCCCACUGUGGAAGGCAGUGAGAGGCUCGUAGCCACCAAGAUGGCAACGCCGACGCUCAUCACACCGCCACCCAUUCCCUUCGGCGGGUCGCCGCUGGCACAGCAUCGCAAGAGCGAACGAAUCGUCGUGGAAGGCGUUUGA